UUUCACCCAAUAACAAAUUUCGCUGUCACGGAAAGCAGACCCAGUCUGCAGUCGCCGAUAACAUAGCAAACGGAACCAGUAUUCAAUGUAAAAGGGGCUGAUUUCUGUUUUCGGGACGGACUUCUUCUAGUUUUAAUGAAAAUAAGACGAAUAAGCUUGGCUAGUGAUAUAUUGUUUUAUGAGACUCGUUGAUCACUUCGUGCUUUCGCUUUCACUUUCGUGGCAUCUGUGAGUGAAUUCGGCCAUAUAUGGUGACGAGAAAGGGGCUUCCCCUAGCUUUUAAGGCUAUGGCAAUUUAGAUUGCGUAGUUCUCUGACCGAAAUGUCGAUUUAUUUACGACUUUCUUCCCUCCUGGCACGGUUGAAUUGUGAACGUGACAUCCGCACACUCGCUAGUUGAAGGUCUCAUGGACAUCGAAAGACUAACUAAAUGUUAAGACUUGCUUUAAAGAUGGUUAUAGUGGUGCUAAGACUAAUACGAAUGCAACUUUUUCAGCACAAAGCAUCACUUUCAUCGAAGCAAAGACGACUAAAAUUCAAAAGCACAGACAUGAUCGGUUUAACAAGAAACCAGGGUCUGUGCUCGUCCGCGAAAGUUUUAAUUCUCGAAGGAAACAUCGGAGUGGGCAAGACAACGUUAGCCUGUCAACUCGCUAGGAAGCUCAACUACAAGCUCUUCCUAGAACCAACCAACAAGAACCCUUAUUUAGCCAGAUUUUAUGAGGAUCCCAAAAGAUACGCGCUAAAAAUGCAAAUAUGGCUAUUUCGCCAGAGAUUCAGAAUGUACUCAAAGGCCACCUCGCAUGUGCUUACUACAGGUCAAGGGGUGCUAUUGGAUAGGUCUGUGUUCAGUGAUUGUGUUUUUGCUGAUGUCAACUAUAAAGAAGGCACGAUAUCUGAAGAAGGUUAUAAGUAUUACAAUGAGCUAAAAACUAAAGCAUUGAAGUCAGUACCUCCCCCCCAUGUCAUGCUAUUUGUGGAUGCAUCACCAGAGGUGUGUUUUGAGAGGAUCCAUGGCAGAGGACGGGACUAUGAGAGUGGCAUACCCCUCUCCUACCUGAAGGCACUGCACAAAGCAUACAGGAACAUGCUUAUUGACAUGAGGCAGAGGGGGACAUGUGUCUUGGAAUAUGACUGGUCACAUUUCGGUUAUCAGUUCGAGGUAUGCAAAGAUGUGAAUAUGGCAUCUUGUACUCCAUGGGAUACAAAUGUAUUACAAGAUUUUCACAAAAUUGUUGAUGAUAAGAAUUUGAUGAAACACACUUUAUCUCUAAGUUAUACCAUCCCUGAAGUAGAAUUUUCUGAUGACCUAGAUGAUGAGAGUGAGAAAUUACAGGAGGAGGAAAAGAGGUACCAUCUGCAUGAAUCAAAGCAGUCUGCUCACAAGAGAAUGAAUAUACUAAAAGAUGUCUUAACGAAUAACAAAUAGGGAGUGUUCUUUGCUUUUAACAAUGUUUUGUGUAUAGCCUCUGUAUAUAACAAUGUCAAACAUUCAUCAGUUUAUUUGGUGCUUUUAUUAUAUUUGAGGUUUUCUCAUAGCAAUGCCUUAGUUAUAAACAAAACACAUCUUGAAAUUGCAUUUCAAUAUUGUAUUAUAGUUUUAUCCUUUAAUAAAAAAAUUAAAUGCCAUUUUUGGCUAAUGGGGA